UCGCCUUUAAAUUUUAACCCUAACCUAUAACAAUCAGUAGUGACACUGUUUUAUUUUCAUACAUGAAUGUGCAAACAUAGUAAAAAUGAGGAAUCAUAUCAAGAAAUAAUAAAUUAAUCUUAUAUUGACGUGUUCAGCAUAAAUCUUUGUAAUUACCUAUAUUGUUCAUCUGCAGGUUUUUUUAUUAUGAUUGUAACAAAGGUGCCGAAGAGUCUCUUCUUAGGACAAUUCAAGCGAGUUUCCCAAGUUAACAUCAACAAUUGUUUUUAUUUUUGUGCGCCGUCGAGUCUCUCACAUCGUACCGCAUGCGACGGAUGCAGUACGUGCGCGUCAUUAAAUAAAGCUCCUGAACAAUAUAAUUUGAGAGCAAACAAUAACGUGUCUCAUCCCCGGAUUGUUUCUCAUCUAACUCUGUAUCAUAAAAACAAACAUGCAGAUUGCAAAACACACCGUCGACAUUACAGCAACGUCAGAUAUUUUUCAAGUGUCUCAUCGAGCGUCAGCGAUGACUUCGUUCCGAAAGCCGAUGUCUCGUUGCAAUUUGUUGGCUUUUACAAAACAUUAUCAGAAAGCGCACCUGUUCGAAUGACACAGGAUUCUUUGUUAUGGAUGCACGACUGUACAGGUCUACCGUGGUGGGCGGUGAUUGUACUUGCCACUGUUUCGCUGAGAACUCUGCUAACUUUGCCACUGUCCUUUUAUCAGCAAUACAUAAUGGCGAAAUUGGAAAAUCUCAAACUUGAAAUGAACCAGUUGGUCAAAGAAAUGAAGGCGGAGGCAGCUUACGGGAAGCACAAGUACAAAUGGUCCGAUGAUUACACCAGGCGAUUGUACAAUCUUUCUGCGAGAAAACAAUGGAACAAAUUGAUUGUUCGGGAGAACUGUCAUCCGGCAAAAGCUAGUUUGGUAGUGCUGGUACAGAUUCCUUUAUGGGUGUCGUUAUCGGUGUCCAUUAGAAACCUAUGUUACAUGCUACCCAAACAAGACGCCAGUGCUUACGCUACCUAUCAGGAAUUCAUAAACGGCGGGUUUCUGUGGAUGACGAAUUUGACUGCGACAGAUCCGUUUGUACUUCCCCUAGCAAUGGCAUUGUUUAACUUAGCUAUUAUCGAAAUAAAUUGUAUGAGUAGAGUUCAGGAAAUGACAAAAUGGAAGAAAUACCUGACUAAUUUCUUCAGAAUCGUUGCGAUAGGAAUGAUUCCUCUUGCUAUGUAUGUACCAUCGUGCGUGAGCUUGUACUGGACAACAAGCAGCGCGUUUGGUCUCUUCCAAAAUCUGAUUCUGCUGUCUCCGAAGUUACGUCGGCUCGCGAAGGUGCCGGUGACCGCAUCCGAAUCGCCGCAUCCGUACGCUUUGCUGCGCCGGCGAAUAACAGCCAGAUAUCAGUUUAAGAAACGAGUGGACACUCCAUCGUAGAUGCAAAUGCGAUAUAUAUUUUUCAUGCGCAAUUUCUUUGCACAAAUAAAAAUUCACAUUUCGCUUACA